UUUAUCACAGGUGCAAGCCGUGGCAUUGGCAAAGCUAUUGCAUUGAAAGCAGCAAAGGAUGGAGCAAAUAUUGUCAUUGCUGCGAAGACUACCCAUGCACACCCAAAACUUCCAGGCACAAUCUAUACUGCUGCUGAAGAAAUCGAAGCAGCUGGAGGAAAGGCCUUGCCAUGUGUUGUUGAUGUGAGAGAUGAACAGCAAAUCAGUAAUGCAGUGGAGAAAGCAGUUAAGAAAUUUGGAGCUUACACGAUUGCUAAGUAUGGUAUGUCUAUGUGUGUGCUUGGAAUGGCAGAAGAAUUUAAAGGCGAAAUUGCAGUCAAUGCAUUAUGGCCUAAAACAGCCAUACACACUGCUGCUAUGGAUAUGCUGGGUGGAUCUGGUGUUGAAAGCCAAUGUAGAAAAGUUGAUAUCAUUGCAGAUGCUGCAUAUUCCAUUUUCAAAAAGCCAAAAAGUUUUACUGGCAACUUUAUUAUUGAUGAAAAUAUCUUAAAAGAAGAAGGAAUAAAAAAUUUUGACGUUUAUGCAGUUAAACCAGGCCAUCCUUUGAUACCAGAUUUCUUCUUAGAUGAACACCCAGAUACAGUUAUGAAGAAAGUAGAACCACAUGAAUUCAAAGAAGAGAAACCACAGCCGCAACCAAAACCACGUUCUGGAGCCGUGGAAGAAACAUUUAGAAUUGUUAAGGACUCUCUUAGUGAAGAUAUUGUGAAAGCCACUCAAGCAGUCUAUCAGUUUGAGCUCUCAGGAGAAGAUGGUGGCACGUGGUUUCUUGAUCUGAAAAACAAAGGCGGGAAUGUUGGGUCUGGAGAGCCCUCUUAUCAGGCAGAUGUGGUGAUGAGUAUGUCUACUGAUGAUUUUGUAAAAAUGUUUUCAGGGAAACUAAAACCAACAAUGGCAUUCAUGUCAGGAAGAUUGACGAUUAAAGGAAACAUGGCCCUAGCAAUCAAACUGGAGAAGCUAAUGAAUCAGAUGAAUGCCAAACUGUGAAGGGAAGAAAAGAAAAUGUUUACUGCUGUGCUCAAAAAGUAAAAAGCUCAACAGUUAAAGUCUUA